CAUUUCGUGCUAAUAUAAGGGAAAUAUAGCAAGAUCAGCUGGUUGAAAUUAUGUCACGUGACUGCUCCGCAAACAAUAUGGCAGCGUCCUGUGCCGUAAAGUGUGCGAUACGACGAGGUUGUGCUGCGCUGCUCCAGACAGGCGGCAGGGCGCGCCCAACCUGGGCAGGCUACGUUGAGCCGUGCCGCUCUUUCUUCUGGAGGAAGUGGCAAAGGUCCCAUAGCAUAGUGCGGCCAGCUGUGGUGUGCCCCGCCUAUGCCAUUCCCAAGCACAUAAUGAGGCCAGACUAUGUGACGACAGGCGUCGUGCCAGACUGGGCAGACUACAUAGAAAUUAAAGAUGAAGAUCAGAUUCAGGGUUUGCGGAGAGCCUGUCAGCUGGCGCGCCACAUCCUGCUGCUGGCUGGGAGGAGCCUGAAGGUUGGCAUGACGACUGAUGAAAUAGACUUUAUUGUUCAUCAAGAGGCAAUCAGACAUAAUGCCUACCCCUCUCCCCUGCGCUAUGGAGGCUUUCCAAAAUCAGUCUGCACCUCCGUGAACAAUGUGGUGUGUCAUGGUAUACCUGACAGUCGGCCUCUUCAAGAAGGAGAUAUUAUCAACAUUGAUGUCACAGUAUACUUGGAGGGUUACCAUGGUGACACCUCAGAGACGUUCCUCAUUGGCAAAGUGGAUGAGCGCGGCAGGAGGCUGGUGGAGGCAGCAAGAAGGUGUCGGGAUGAGGCCAUCGUCGCCUGCAGGCCUGGUGCUCCUCUCUGCGUCAUAGGGAAUACGAUCAGCCAAAUGGCAGACUCCUACGGGUUCCAGGUGUGUCCAUAUUUUAUUGGACAUGGGAUUGGGUCCUAUUUCCAUGGUCACCCAGAGAUAUGGCAUCAUGCCAAUGACAAUGACAUGCUUAUGGAGGAAGGGAUGGCUUUCACAAUAGUAUUCUCAGGCUUGGGGGGUGAUGGUGCUUAGUCAGGAAGUCCAUAUAUUGUUCAGGUAAUCCAUUCUAUCCAGCAAAAUAGGGGUGACACACUGAGGCCAAAAACUAUAAUAUUCCCUAUGAGCAAGCCACAGAGGCACAAGAGACAUGGAAGACCUCUGUCCAGAAGUUAAACAACUCAAAGGAAGAGCACUUAGGGGAACCGCAUGGAGACUCAGAGCUUCUCCCCCCUCAGUCUGUAGUGGACUGCAGCAACAAAAUAGUUUCUGUGUUUCAAAAAUGAACAGCGUUCAUCGUUUCAUUCACAUAAUGCAAAAAAUGAUUUCCCUGUCAUGUCCAGAUUUGAACAUCACCUUCAAAUUUUGUACUUGUAAUACCAAGUGCACAUUUAAUUGAAUGUAAUUCAAAAGGAUUAUAAUGAGUUUUUAUAUUUGUGGGGGAAUAAUGUUGGGAAUAUUAGGCUUGUUAGCCACAUCUGCUUGUUUCUAUUUCCAUUCUGAUGUUAAUAGAAAUUGUUUGGCUCUGUGUUCAAUCUUAAAAAUAUUGUUAAUACUUAUUUUAUAAUAUUUUAGCAGUUGUACCCUGGCAUGGAGAUUUGUAUAUUUUCCUGUUUUCUUUAGACUGGUAUGAAUAAAUAAUGGCCUGAAUGACUUACUGUAUAUCUUAAGUGUGAUAAACCUGUUUGGGAACUGAAGUGAGAUGUAUAUAUGUUUUCAUUUUAUUCAUCUCUAAAACCUUACAUUUUUUGUUGCAUUCUUGCUUGUCCUCACUGAAUUUGCUGUGA